AACCACCGGUCUCGCGCUUCAUCAGCAAAAUGCCAAGUUUUUGGGGAAGUGGGUUCAGCGACAGCAGAGCUUUGACAAGAAAAUCACAGCUGAACCAGUUCAUAAUGCCAAAGAAGAAGAAAUGAGGCUGGAUUCCAGCACGCACCUGCUGAUAUGGCGUCCAUCUUCCUUCUACUUGCUGUGUGUUUGUCCAGAAAAACGCACAGAUAAACGGACACAUGCAAGCACACAGAGCACUUCUUUGUUGUGAUAUCUUGAAUGCUUGGUCUGUGGGGGAGAAAGGCCGGAAGAAACAAGAAGCACUUCUCACAAGCUUAUGAGUGACAUUUAAAGUAGAGAGGAGGAAAAUUAAUCGCUUUGUGUUCUCCUUCCUCACCUGUAACUCUUGUAUGAUGGACCAGCCUCUGUUAAGACAGGUGUCAGACAGCCGCCGGGGCUGCUGCUCUUACAGCACCCUGAAGUCCUGGCUGCCAAUCCUCUCCUGGUUGCCCAAGUACAACCGGAAAUGGCUUCAAAUGGACCUUCUUGCAGGCCUCACUGUUGGGCUGACCACUGUACCUCAAGCGCUGGCUUACGCUGAAGUAGCCGGCCUUCCUGUGCAGUACGGACUCUACUCUGCCUUUAUGGGGGGGUUCAUCUACAGCCUCCUGGGGACUUCUAAAGACGUGACACUGGGUCCUACGGCGAUUAUGUCCCUCCUGUGUUUCUCAGUGGUGGGUGGGCACCCAAACCAAGCCGUGCUGCUCAGUCUCCUCUGUGGACUCAUCCAGGCUGUUAUGGCAUUACUGAGAUUAGGUUUCCUGCUGGACUUCAUCUCUUACCCUGUAAUAAAAGGCUUCACUUGUGCUGCUGCCAUAACUAUUGGCUUUGGGCAGGUUAAGAACAUUCUGGGACUCAAGGGAGUUCCUCAGGAGUUCUUCCUGCAGGUGUACUACACCUUCUACAAGAUCUCAGAAGCCAGGAUAGGUGACAUGGUGCUGGGUCUGCUCUGUCUUGCUCUCCUCAUCGUGUUGGUGGUCAUGAAGAAGAAUCUGAGCUCUGAAGACUCUGAUGACUCCACCUGCUCCAGAGUCGCCAGGAAACUAGUGUGGACUGUUGCUACAAUGCGUAACGCUCUGGUGGUCGUGGCCGCAUCCUGUGUAGCAUUUUCAUGGGAUGCUUACGGUUAUCGAGUGUUCACAAUAACUGGAAAAACCUCUCAGGGGCUCCCGCCGUUCAAGCCCCCACCCACCUCAGACAUCACAGCCAACGGCACGGUCAUCUCCUUUAGAGAGAUCGUUGAGGGCUUUGGGGAAGGACUUGCUGUGAUUCCCUUCAUGGGUCUGUUGGAGAGCAUUGCUAUUGCUAAAGCUUUUGCCAGUCAGAACGACUACAGGAUCGAUGCCAAUCAGGAGCUGCUGGCCAUCGGUGUGACUAACAUUAUGGGCUCCUUUGUGUCAGCGUACCCGGUCACUGGGAGCUUUGGGAGGACAGCUGUGAACUCUCAGACUGGUGUUUGCUCUCCUGCUGGAGGGAUCGUAACCAGUGUGAUUGUGUUACUUUCCUUGGCUUUUCUCAUGCCGGCCUUCUACUACAUCCCUAAAGCUUCUCUAGCUGCUGUUAUCAUCUGCGCGGUAUCUCCCAUGGUGGAUUACCCCGUUGUGGCUAAGAUGUGGAGGACACGAAAGCUGGACCUGCUGCCUUUUGUGGUGACGUUCCUGAUGAGCUUCUGGCAGGUGCAGUACGGCAUCGUAGGAGGUGUCGCUGUAUCUGGAGCACUGCUGCUCUACAACACGGCAAGGCCCCAGAUAAAGGUGUCUGAUCACGGUGUGCUGGUGAUGGAGUUGGGCAGCGGACUCAGCUUUCCUGCCACAGAGUAUCUCAGUCGCAUCAUUCACACUCAGGCUCUGCAGGCAUCUCCCCCGCAGUCAGUGGUCCUGGAUUGCCAUCAUGUCAGCGUCAUAGAUUACUCGGUGAUCAGCGAGCUCAGUGACCUGCUGAGGCAGUUCAAACUACGAGAAGUGCGACUGGUCUUUUCCAGAUUGCGGCCCUCCGUUCUGGAUGUUCUCCUGGCCUCUGAUCUUCAGGGCCUCACGUAUACAGACACCGUCGAGGCAGCGCUGCAGAUGGAGUCAAGUGGCCUCCGAAAAGAUCAAUGACAUUUCUCAUCAAGGAAUUAUUUUGUCCGUUCUGAAGGUGAACACUGACCAACUACCUCCAAAAACUGAUUAACUGAUCAACUCCUGCCAGUGGCCAAGCCAUGCCCCUCUUUCACCCGUCAGAGGAAGCGUCAAACUGAUAGACUCUGAAACUGACUCUGAAAGUAUCAUGAAACAUUCCAACACUAUAUUAUACACGCACAAAAACCACUGGACCAGAAGAAGCGGUGUUUGAUGUCACUUUAGAUUAUUUUGUGGGACAUUGUUUUGUACGAUAAAGAAGAUAGCUGGGAAAAUGACAAUACUUAAUAUUAAUAUAUUUAAUAUAUGUUUUUUAACUACAGUUGCCUGCAGGGCUUCAAGAGACCAAAUUUGAUUAUAGAGAAAAGGAGGAGGAGCGAUCUUUGUUUCAUCGAUUUGUGCAGUCAGAUAGUGUCUCGGAUAACAAAACAUAUGAGGGCUUUAUUUACUAGCAGAGAGUAGACGGAUUCUUUAAAGCAGAAGUUUCGGAUAAUAUCCACAUGAUAUUUUUUUGGGCCUUUUUACCUUUAUUGUAUAGGCAACUGAAGGGAGUCAGGAAAUGUUGGAAGGAGAGAGUUGGGGGUGACAAGCAGGAAAGGGCCGAGGUCAGAUUCGAACCCACAGCCGUUGUAUCGAGGACUCUAGCCUCUGUACAUCGACAUCACCACUAGGCUAUCAGCGCUCCCAUCUAUAAGCGGCCUUGAAUAUAAAAUGUUAAGACUGUGUUAUUAGUGUUUUAUUUGUGAUUACAUUAGAUCACCUUUAAGAGAUCCAUUUUAACAUUGGUGAUAUAUAUUUAUUAUUUUAAAAACACAACCAAUCAGCAUUAAUUUGAUGGUUGAAGGAACAAAAACAACUUUUCCAAAGAGCUUGAGAACUCUUCCUACUGUAAGUCCUUUUCACACAUGAACUCUUGAAAAUGUCUUGCAAAUUUCCAGACAGCCUGCCUCUGAUAGCUUCAUGAGGGUCAAACGUGUCCUUCAUGACUGGAGAUUUUUCCGUCUCCAAUGGGAGGGAGGGGGGUAUGUAAUUGGACGUACAGUAUCAAUGAAUGAGUGGAAAAGAACAUGCUGGCAAGAAGAAAAGAGACCAAAGCAGCUUCAUUAUGUGCAUGCAGAUCGCACCCUUUUGGCGCCAGUUGCAUAAUAACCAGAUCUCAGCACAUUUUGAGUACAUAUGUGAAGGGCUGUAGAGAGUGCAUUAAUCACAAAGUAAACACUUUUUUUUUUUUUUAAAACCAUUGAGGAUAUCAAUCAUGGAAAUGUGCAAAGAAUAACUUAUAUAAGUUCUGUUACCACACCUAGCAUGCAUUUAUGUUGAUUUGUAUUUUUGAGAACAGAACAGUCCAAAAGUCCUGCCACAAGCUGAAAUCACUUACACAAUACCAGGGAGUGUUUGAGUGACUUUGGGUCAGUUUCACAGGUAACAUUCAUCCUUCCUCUGACCCUGUAAUCCAUCAACUGCCCUCAGCAUUAGUAAUGGUUCACCAGACUGUUGUAGCACUUGAAAGAGUUCCUGAUCAGAGACCAGUGAAAAUGUGUACUCAAAAUAAUUAUUUUUUAACAAGGGCUCUCUACCUUAAAAGAUAGUUUUUGUAAAGCCAGAUGAUGUUUUCUCUCCCCUGUGCUGUCAUGAAAAAAUACAUCAAUGUCUUUGUUUUAUUA